AGAUGGAGAGGGGAAUGAUAGAAAAGUUAACCAGGUGGUAACGAUCAGUGUCACAGGCAUCACAGAAAUUGCAUUUCAUUUUAACGUUAUUUCUAUCGUAAUGUUCGACUAUUAAUUCGAUUAAAUUACAAUAAAUGUCAUCUGUUAGUUCUCCCGAAUUCAUAUACGCCUCGUUUAUUAUUUGGCAAUUUCAACAUUGUUGCGAGGCAACCUAGGCCCGAAGAGAAGUCUAAAUAUCGCACGUUGCUCUUCCGUGAUUGUUUCUAAUUUCAACGGAGGUCGCGUUUGAAACAACAGCGAGUUAGCUCCGCCGAUUACCCAGAUUCGUUUUUAUAUAACACGUAAAGUGUAUUUUUUUCUUAAGGCAUUACCAACAAUUUUUCAGAUUUUCCAUAUUAAAUUGUAAAUUCUUCCUCGUUGUUCUUCGUCGAUUAACUCUACACUUUGUUUAUUUUCGUUUUGCAAACGUAAUCAAUUUAAUGUAGUUUCAUUAUUAGCAAAGAUCACUAAUUUUAUCUCUUGCAAGCUUAAUAGCCAUGUACUUAUUGUUUAUAUCUGAGAACGAUAAACAAAGGAGUUAGGAACAGGUGUAGGUGAUUUAUUGUAAAAUACCAAUUUUCCGCGCUUGCAUCAUCUCUAGUUGGCUCGUUGAACAGAUAUAGAUUUCCGGCGUCGAAAUAGAAAUAGAAAAUAGGAAAUUUAAAGCUCUCACAAUAUUUAUUAAUGCAUCUUAUGCGUAUUCGAUGUAAUUAAAGAAAUAUCGCACGUCGAUACCAUUAAUUAAAAUACAUUUUUAUAUCCUCAUUUCUACGUCUUAUAUAUUCAAUCAUCGAAUUCGAUAUCGUGUUGAUCGAUUUAAUAAUUUUUAAAUAAAUGUACAAAUAAGACAGAAAAAAGGGAAAAAAAUAUAAGAAAGAUUCUUAGUAGAUGGCCGAUCGAAUAAUCGUCAUAUAAGGCAUCACUAAAGUGAGAGGUGUUAGUUCGAAAGUACGAGCUCUCGUAGGAAGAUCGUUGCACGCCGAAUGAUCGGCAUGAGAUCGAGGUUUCAUUCGUUGAUCAUUGCUCUGUUUGGCUUUUCCGCCAUUGCGGUAAAGGCAACGGAAAGGAUAGAAAAUGCGCCUUGCAUCGAUAACGAUAAAUUUUAUCGAAAUCCAAAUACACCUGCGUAUAAUGUUUGGUCGCCUUCCGAAUGUGCCAAAUAUUAUUUGUGUUUAGAUAAUGAAGUAUUCGAAUUUAAAUGCUCGCAGGGAUUACUUUUUGACGUGACUCGACAAAUAUGUGACUACAAAGUGAACGUCGAUAAUUGUGAUGUAACUUUAGAGCCACGAUCGCCAAAACCUUUACUCCAGAAUGGUAAAUGCGAUGAAAAAAGUUUAGCUUGCGGUGAUGGUACGUGUCUUCCAGCUUUAUAUUUUUGUGACGGAAGUAUUGACUGUCCCGAUGGAUCAGACGAAAGUUGGUGCGAUAUGCGAAAUGAUCCAAGAGCUGCUUCUAUAUGCGAUGAAAAAAAAUGUCAAUUGCCAGAUUGUUGGUGUUCAAAAGAUGGUACACGCAUACCGGGAAAUUUAUCAAUUACAGCUAUUCCACAAAUGAUAACCAUUACUUUCAGUGAUGCUAUCAAUGCAGAAAAUUUUGAUCUUUUUGCAAAAAUAUUUUCAAAUGAUAAGAAGAAUCCAAAUGGUUGUUCUAUUCGUGGAACUUUUUAUGUCAGUCACCAAUUUACUAAUUAUAGAGAUGUUCAGUAUUUGUGGAACAAAGGUCAUGAAAUUGCAGUCCAUUCGAUUACUCAUCGUGGACCAGAAGAAUGGUGGUCGCGAAAUGCAACCGUUGAAGAUUGGUUUGAUGAAAUGGUCGGUAUUGCAAAUAUUAUUAACAAAUAUGCUGCUGUAAGGAUAGAGGAUAUUAAAGGAUUAAGGGCACCUUUUUUGCAAGUGGGUUGGAAUCGUCAAUUUUUAAUGAUGUUGGAAUUCGGAUUUGUGUAUGAUUCAUCCAUAGUAGUACCAUUUUCAAAUACGCCAGUAUGGCCUUACACUCUUGAUUAUAAAAUACCACAUGCAUGUGUAGGAUCAAAUCAACUCUGUCCCACACGUGUCUAUCCUGGCAUAUGGGAACUUCCAUUAAACCAAUUUAUAGAAUACACUUGUGCAACUAUGGAUUCUUGCCCAUCUAAUUUAUCAGGUGAAGAUGUUUAUGAAAUGUUAAUGUUAAAUUUUAAAAGACAUUACCUCAGCAAUCGUGCGCCUAUGGGUCUUCAUUUUCAUACAUCAUGGUUCCAAACUUCAACAUAUUUUCAUGCUUUUAAUAAAUUUUUGGAAGAUGUACUUCGACUACCUGACGUGUAUUUUGUAACAAGUCAUCAAAUUAUAAAAUGGAUGCGUUCUCCGACAUCCAUAGAUCAACUUCACAAAUUUGAAUCAUGGCAAUGCAAAGAACAUCAAUUUGAAAAAUUUGAAAUUGUAUGCGAUGUACCUACAACUUGUUCACUUCCUAGUAAAAUAUUGAAGUCUUACAGAGAUUUAUACACUUGUUUUGAAUGUCCGAAAGAGUAUCCAUGGUUAAGAAAUGAAUUUGGACAAGAUUAAACAUAUUAGAAUGUGUAAUACAUAUAUUCUCAGACAUAUCUUAGGAAGUUGCUGUUUAAUAUAGUUGCACUAUGCUAUAUUUGAUAUAAACAUAAGACUGUUAUUUAUUUAAAAGGUAAACUAUAAAAGAUAUGCUUUAAUAAAAAGAUUA